AUGGCCAUAACGAUCAACCGUUUGGAGUCCCAGGUUCAAGCAAAGUUGCCAUUUCAACAUGAGUUGAAUCCGAAAAAUGUAAGCGCAAUGACCUUGAGAAGUGACAAGAAAGUCCAAGGACCCGAACCUGUGAUCCCUAAGGACAAGAAUGAGAAAAAGAUCGAGAGCAAGCUUGAAAAGGAGGGUAGCAAUGGCAAAAAUUCAGUGGUACUCCCGGACCCGAUCGUUGAGGUCAAAACUCAUCUGCCUCCUUUCCCUAGCAUGUUGGAGAGAUCGAAGAAGCAGAACAAGGAGAAGGAGAUCUUGGAGGUGUUUCGCAAGGAAGUGUUUGAAACUGUUGGCAGGGAUGAGUUAGAGGUUGUUUUAACCAAACACCUGGAGUUGGAGACAACUCCUGAGGUGGAGUGGAGUGAAGAUUUAAAAUGCAUAAUAGGGGGGUUACACUUAUUGCCAACCACGACGAAAAGGUAUGAGCACGCACCCAUUUUUAUACCAGAACCUCACCAAAGGGUACUGUCAUCUGUGGUGCAGGCACCUGUAUUGGAAUUGAAAUCCCUGCCGAAGCAUUUGAAGUAUGCGUAUUUGGACGACAACGAAACACUCCCGGUGAUUAUCUCGGCAAUACUCUCAGAAAUCCAGGAGGAGAAACUAAUCCGAGUCCUCAGGGAGCAUGAGAAGGCGAUAGGAUGGACUAUCAUCGACAUCAAGGGAAUCAGUCCCUCUAUCUGUAUGGAUCGAAUAAGACUGGAGAAGGAUGCCAAACCUAUACGCCAAGCUCAAAGGAGGUUCAACCCCCUCAUGAUGGAAGUGGCAAAAAAAGAGAUAUUGAAGUUGCUCGAUGUGGGGAUCAUCUUUGCCAUAUCAAACAGCCUAUGGGUGAGCUCGGUCCAAAUAGUCCCAAAGAAGGCAGGAGUGACAGUAGAGGCCAACCAAACUGGUGAGUUCAUACCAAUGCGCAAGCCCACCGGAUGGAGGCAGUGUAAUGACUACCGCAGAUUAAACGCUGUCACGAAAAAGGAUCAUUUUUUCCUUCCUUUCAUUGAUCAAAUGGUUGAGCAUUUAGCCUGUCGUGCUUACUAUUGCUUUUUGGAUGGAUUUUCAGGGUAUUUUCAGAUAGUAAUUGCACCAGAAGAUUAA